CGUGUAGAAUUCCGAACACUAUUGUUGCAUUGUAACAAGCCGGGCAGGAGGGACACGUUCCGCCAGAAAACUGGGAACAUUUUAUACGUAGUAAACGGCUUAAAACAACGACUCGUGUACCCGAAACAACUUUAAACGAAUAACAGGAGUAAAACCGCUAUGAUUAGCGUAAAAUCACAGAAAUGAAUAGCGCGUGCAACGGACUGUUCCAUUGACUUGCAGCUUUUAAAGGGGAAAGAAGAAAAACUAUGAAGCAACACAAACUCCAUGCCAUUGCAAUUUAAGUGAAAAUGCGAAGUGAAAAGCUGAGUAUAUUUGGCUGAAGUCCUUCGCUGCUCCCUCCCGGUUGUUCACCGGCUCGAUUCAUUCAGUUACCCUUAGGAUAAAUUUCAUAUGCUGCAGCAGUAUUUUUCCCUGUGUGAAUAAUUGUGCAAAACCGAAAUAUAGCCUGUAACCGCCGGCUCCAAGUCUACAAAUGAUGUUAUGUACAAAUGAUGCCCUAUUUUCCCCCUUGAUCGACUAAAACGCUUCGCAAUUGCCCUUGUCUGCAAUCAGCCGUUGGAAAAGGGAAAAGAUAACGCAAUAAGAAGAAAGGACACGAAAAUCUGAGCCGGAAACGAGUCAAGGAGAGAAAUUAUUGUUUCAAUCAAAGGAGAAAAUAGCGUAUUGUGUGGUGAAACUUGUUCUCAGUUUCUCCGAAGGCGGUGCGGUCCGAUGGAUUCGGUGGGGUCUCUCAGCCUGAAGCGGCGGUUUGAGGAGGUGGACCCCGGCUCGACCUGCUCCACCCCCAAGGAUUCGGACGAUGAGAUCUCCAGCAGCGACAGCGCCGAGAGCUGCGACAGCCUCAACGCCCCCUCCUCUUCCUCACUCGCGCCCACCUCCAUCCUGCGGCGGAGGGCGCCCCCUAUGGGCGGCAAGCAGGUGCGGUUCGGCGCGGUGACGGUCUUCUACUUCUCGCGGCGGCAGGGCUUCACGAGCGUGCCCAGCCAGGGGGGCAGCUCCCUGGGCAUGGCCCGGCGCCACAGCUGCGCCCGCCGCUACACGCUGGGCGAGUUCGCCCGCGAGCAGGAGCGCGGCCACCUGCAGGCCCUGCGGCGCCACCUGCACCAGGAGAAGCUGGACGCGCGCAAGCGCAAGCUGACCCGUAACGGGACGGUGGCGUGUGAGGCGGCUGAGACUCUGACGCUGGCCGACGUGUCGGACGAGGACCUGGACGUGGAGGGCGUGGAGGUGGACGACUGCUUCUUCCUGCAGCCGCUGCCCAUCAAGCGGCGCCGCGCCCUGCUGCGCGCCUCGGGCAUCGCCCGCAUCGACGCCCGCGAGAAGAGCGAGCUGCGCGCCAUUCGCCUGUCCCGUGAGGACUGCGGCUGCGACUGCCGCGUCUACUGCGACCCGCGCCGCUGCGGCUGCAGCCUGGCCGGCAUCAAGUGCCAGGUGGACAGGAUGUCCUUCCCUUGUGGCUGCACUCGGGACGGGUGCGGAAACGCGGUGGGACGGGUGGAGUUCAACCCCCUGCGGGUGCGUACCCAUUACCUGCACACCGUCAUGAAGCUGAACCUGGAGAAGAGGAGGCAGCUGGGGGGCCUGGCGGGAGAAGGGUUCGAGGAGGCGGAGGUCACCGCUCCAGCCUCCCAGGCCGUGCACCCUGACCCCGAACCCGUGGCCCCUUCCUCCGGGCCCCUGGCAGACGCAGGCCCCGCCGAUCACGUGCUCCAGCGGGACAGCCUGGCCCUGGAGAACGCGGAGGCUGUGCUUCACCUCCAGAGUGCCGAGGAGAGGGACAGGAGGAAGGCGGAGGAGCAGGGGGAGGGGCCGGCCCUCCUGCAGGAGGCGCUCCCUGCUGGAGCCCCCAUACUCUGCUUCACCCAAAACCAGGCCCUCCUCAAGGACCCCUCCUCCUUGCUGUACUGCCCACUGGGCCAGGCUGAUGUCACAGCUCUAGGGCUGCCCCACAUUCUGCGUGAUGGCCAGGAUCAAGACUUAGAAGGAGGAGGUGGAGGAGGAGUAGAGGACCUGAGAGAGGAGGGCAAACUGGAACGCACCGACUGCCAGCAGGGGUCAGGCGACGCCCCUCCCUCACCGGAGGGUGAGACCGGACACACCGUCCCUGAGCAGGGGUUGCCGUGGAAACCCCAGGAGGGCGGUCCCACUGCCUUUGAAGGAGAAGGAAGCCUGCUGCACUCUGAGGCUUAGCUCUGCCCUCCUGCUCACAGAUGUUUUGCACAAAAGCGCUUGAAAAAAGCACGUUGCCUACCUUAUGUAUUAAUAAUACUAUUCAUGUUAGUUCUCAUAGUACAGAUGAAAUAUCAGAAGUGUGCAUGUACAGAGUAGAUAAGAGUAUAAGAGGGGGAAAGCCCCUCCGAUGGCACAGAUGGGUCUUGUAUUUCCCACUUUGUGGCUUGUAAUGAGGAAGCUGACUACGUAGGGGCUAGUGCUGGCUGUGAAUCCCACCCUCCAAUUUAGACCCGAAGUAUGGGUCUAUUUGGCGGUUCGUUGCUCGAGCUCACCUCGAUGUUCGCGCAUAGGUAGGCUCGGGUUGUGGUAGAACCUCAGCUCUUACUUUUCGCCAAACGGUGGUGGGCUAUUCACGCAGUUCGCAAAAUGGCCGACGAGGUUCAGGAAUAGGAGGCUCCGACGUGUCACAUGAGCCGCUGACGUGUCCCCCUCUGCCCACGGACCAAUCCUGGGAAUACUUGGUGACGUUUUAUUUGUACUGUAUCGUGUUCAUGGAGAACGUGAAAAAGACAAGAAAGAGCUACUUGUUUACUAUAUCCGUGUUGAAAACUUGACUUUUCGGUUUUUUGUUCUAUAAGAUAGAGGCAAACCAAAUAUGCAGGUUUGCACAGGUUCGUUUUUUUGAAAACGAACAGCCUUUUCUCUGGUCGUGUCACAUCAAUUACCUCACUCAACCCCAUCCCUUGUCUGAAUAGGAUUUUAUUAAAUUACAGUACAGGUUCUGCCUGGACCAAUGUACAUCAAAGGACCAUUAAUGAAAACCUUAAAAAGGUGACUUGUUAUUUUUUGUUUCUGGCUUGAUGCAGAAAGGCUAAAUUUGAUACACUCUUUCUGCUAAUAGUUUACCUUGCACAAGCAUGCGACUUGAGUAUUUACUAGUUCUGUAGACUGUCUCUGUGCAUUCUCUGAAUGCAGAUAUCCGGAGAAUAACCGAAAAACGAAAUAUCAAUCUACAGACAAGAAACACAAAUUAUUCCUCUUGAAAAUAUGUUUAUUAAUGGUUGAACUCACUGAAGAGUUUAGGAAGUCUUCAUAUAUGAUCAGGGUAUAAAAUAUAACUGUAAAGUUACAACUACUAUAGACGUACCUGCGACUGCUUGUAGACUUGGUUGCAUAUGGGCACACCGCUCUUCGCCACAAUUGAUGUCUGUACAUCAGUAUUUAAAUAUAUUCUGUAAAAUGUGCACAGUUGUCUCUAGAAGGCCCAUGUACGCUGAGUAAUAUUAACGUUCGCUUUGCACAGUGUGUAAUUUUAGUUGCUGCUCAGGUAGUAUGGGUUCUGUUCCCUUGUCUGAGGUUGUACUUGUCCGUUUUCAGUGUUGGUGAACGAUAAUCGGCUAGAUGUGUUUUGAUCUUUGUUUUCUGUGGAAGGGAGUGAUUUCAUUUUAAUUUGCAUAGGGCUACGCCCUCAAAUCUCACACCUACUGUUUUCUUAAAUGGCCUUUUACUGAUUUCUUGGGUUUAUUGUUAAUUAUGGCCAUUAAAAAUUAUUUUAAUUUUAAUUCUC